CCUCUUUUCUAGUCAGUGAGGCCCCUGGAGGGCUCCAGAUGUCUGUGGUGACUCCGUUGGCUCAAUACAGCAGCAUGUGGCAGCUGCUGUCACCAACAACUCUGCUACUUCUAGUUUCAGCUGGCAUGCAAGCUGGCUCCCCAGCAGAUCUCCCAAAGGCUGUGGUGCUUUUAGACCCUCCAUGGGUCAGAGUGCUCGAGGAAGACUAUGUGACUCUAAAGUGCCAGGGCACCUACCCCCCUGGCAACAGUUCUACCCAGUGGUUGCACAAUGGAAGCCUCAUCUCAAGCCAGGCCUCCAGCUACUCCAUUAAAUCUGCCAGAGUUGAGGACAGUGGAGAGUACAGGUGCCAGACAGGCCUCACCAUGCUCAGUGACCCGGUGCUGCUAGAAGUCCACAUUGGUUGGCUGUUGCUCCAGACCACUCAGUGGGUGUUCCAGGAGGGAGACCCCAUUUGGCUGAGAUGCCACAGCUGGAAAAACAGGCCUGUGCAAAAGGUCACAUAUUUACAGGAUGGCAAAGGCAAGAAGUACUUUCAUCAGAACUCUGACUUCCACAUUCAAAAAGCCACAAGCAGCGACAACGGCUCCUACUUCUGUAGGGGGCUUAUCGGGAAUAACAACAAGUCUUCGGAGACUGUAAGCAUCAUCAUUCGAGAUAAUUCAGCAUCUCCAUCCAUCUCAUCAGUCUUUCUACCUUGGCACCAAAUCAUCUUCUGCCUGGUGAUGGGAGUCUUGUUUGCAGCAGACACGGGGCUAUACUACUCUAUGCAGAGAAACCUUCGAAGCUCAAUGGAAAACUGGAAGGACCACAAAUUUCAAUGGAACCGGGAUCCUCAAGACAAAUGACCCCUUAGCUCAUGGGGUAGAGAGAGCAGUGGCACAGCAUCUAUGAAUUUCUCUGGAUUUGCAACUUCAUCAUCUGUGUUAGGCACCUCCUAGAGCAGGGAGAAAAGUAUAACUCAAGAGCCUGUGCUGAAGGCCCUUUCUUCAACUCUCUGUUUUCUCUUGAUCUCCACUGGGGUGAUCUCCAAUGAAAAGCAAAGGCCUGCAAUCUUUAAGGGCUAACAGAGAAGCCCCAGUAACCAGCCAUACUCCCAGAAAUGGAAGUCUCAGAGCUAUACACUUUCUCUGUCCCAACCAGUCCCACAUAGCAAGGCAACAAUACAGGCUCUGGAUAGUACCUUUUAAAUGUAGGAUAAUUAUUCCUAAAUAAGUGCAUAAGUAGAUAAGUGAAUUAAUGGUUGAACAGGGCCUGCAUCUGUUGCUCCAGGGCUCAAUGCCUUCAGAGGACCCUCAAACUCUUUCCAGACAAAGUGUGAGAAUUGCUGAGGAUCUAAGCAAUUAGCAGAGCAGAUGAGGGGGAUGGUUGAGAAAGAGCAGGGGAGCCUGGGACACAGCAGGGAGAUGCCAUAUUUGGGCCCAGAGAUAAGGCUGCCUUCCUAGAACAGGAGCCAUGGCAGAGUUACAGAAAAUCACACUGGUGACAUGGACUUGAGCUUUCCAGGGGUGUCUCUAUCAGAAAUGGGAUGGUCUGUGAGCCUAUAAUGAUGAAUCCUCUUAAUGCUGUGAGUAGAAAAUAGGGCCAGGAAGGGAACCAGCCUUGCAAGACCAGUCCUCGUGUUUGAAAAGCAUGGAACAAGUACUGUGUGAGCAGAGAUGGCUGAGCAUUUGAACUGAGAACAUUCGUCAUGAAAGUGUCAUCCACUAGUUCACAGGAAGAAACUGGCAGGGGAGUGGGGGAGGGCAAAGACAGGUUUGUUGACCAAGGUAGUAAGAAUUAGAGUGAGGAAGGGCAAGGACUAUAAAAAACAGCUUUUCUGCUUCAGUACUUAUUCCAGGUAUAAUUUGUUCACAUCAUUCAUUAAACAAAUGUUGGCUAACCCACACUCAAUGUCCUGAGCACCCCUGACUUAAAUGAUGAAACUUUGAAGUCCUCAGCAUGGCAGUACCCAUGGGAAGACGAUUGUUGCUUAUGGAAGAAAGCUUUAGCUACCUUUUUCUGCUUUAGAUGUUUUUAAUAGAGCAUGUCUUGCUUCCAAUAAAGCAUUUUACAAGAUCUGGCAUGCUACUCAAAAAGAUGGGAAAAAAUACGACAAUAAAACAUGAAAGAUAAAAUCUUGUUUUUCCUU